AUGUCUUGGAGAGCCUCGCCUUCCCGCCCUGCACCACCCGUCACGUCGACUUCGCCUGACUCGCUCUUCGUCUCGUCGUCGUCCUCGUCUCGGGUGGCCCGACCCGGUCUGCGCGUCGGCGGGGGCGCGUCGGGGUCAUCCUCGGCAUCGUCCUCUUCCUCCUCGUCCACGAGCGCCAUCUCGUUGUUAACCAGGCAAAAGGCCGAGUUUGACGACGACCGCGCGAGCGUGAGGAGUGGCAGGAACGUGUCCGGCUCGUCGUCAACGUGGGGGCGGAGCCGAUCUGCGAGCACGGCGACCAAUAGCAGCGUAUGCACGGCCGCCAGUUCCAAGACGCUCGUCAAGGGCCAUCGCACACCAUCGAGGGGGAAUAGUGCUGAGAGUAACCUGUCCACAAAAGCUCAGGGCAAGCAGAAGCAGCAAGAAUCGACGGACUCGAACAAAGGGCCGGAGUCGGUGUCGAAUGGCAAUACGGAACUGACUCGACCAAAGGGCCUACACCCCAAUUCGCACAUCGACAAACGUCCCAAAUUGGUCGAAACAGCUUCUAGCUCGGCCAAUUCGACCAACUCUGCAACCAGUGUCGCGUCGUCCUCGCCGGCCUCGCAGGUUGCUCGCAAAUCGAGCUGGCUGUGGAGAUCGAACGACCCACAGAAAGUGGGCCCUUCCGGAAUGGUGGAGGAGUCGUCCGUGAAUCCGACGAGCACGACAGCAAAUCCGUCCGAGAGAACUCCGAUCUCCAUCGUGUCGUCUAAGCCGAGGAUUGACACUUCCUCGCAAGCUUCGAUUCUCUCGAGCUCGGCGGCCUCUACGACCCCUCCUCAAGUCUUCCACACUCCCGACCCCAGUCCAACCAAACCGACACGCCGACAGUCGUCCGAUGAUACGACCAUGCCGCCGCCUCCAUUGCCCAAAAAAGGAUGGUUCGGGUCUGUGAAAGCGGCUCCUGCGCCCGAAUCGGCAGCUUCUACUCUACCUGUCGCCCCACGAGAAGCAUCUGAGGAGCCGGGGCCCGAAUCCGCACUUGAAGAAGUCAAUGAUGCUGAGGUCAAAUCUCGAAGUUCGAAAUUGCCAUUGCCUGUUGGUGCUCCGCCUCCGCAAGCCGGCGCAUCUCGAGGCUCUUCUUGGUUCGGGUGGGGCGGAGCAGAACCCGAGCCAGCCGAACCGAGCGGUUGGAACACGCAAGCUGAAGACCUUCAAGUGGAUCCGGAUUAUUCGACCGACGGGAGCGAAAAGGAAGAAGGGACUUUGAAGAAGGAAGCCACUCGAAGUGCUGAGACGUUGAGAACGCCACGUACUUCGGCCGAGAACAAGUCGUGGCUGCGGACGAUUUGGGGCGAACCUCCUCCGGGGAAUGCCACCGGUCGCACUUCAACAGAAGAGCACGACGCUCCGACCAUGAGCUUGGAUCCACCACUGUCCUCUUCGGCUUCAACGUCGUCAGCCGCCUCGACGGUUGAAGAGUCACUUCCUCAGCCAAUCACCGUGCCCGCGCCAGCCGCGACAAAAUCAUCCUCGUGGUUCGGCCGUCGACAUGGAGAUGUUGCGGGACAGACGCCAUCUACAGCUGCUUCUUCACUGAACUUGCCCCCAGCUCUUGCUGCCGUGGCACGGCCCGUCGGCGGUCUGGUCUCCUCGGCGGCAUCAAUUCGCUCGCGAACGUCGACCACGGAUCGAACGACCCCGUCGUCGCCUCACCUGGGGGCGCAACCUGACAACGCCCCCGUCAAGCCUCUAACGGGGUCCAUCCGUGGUGGUGCAUCCCCCCGAGUGGGACCUUACGAUCCCGAUGCGCCUUUCGAUAACCUCGUUCUGCCGACGUUCCGAGACACGUUCGAACGAUUGCCGCGAAGCCGCAAGGUCGAGAAGAGCAAGUUGACCAAAGCCGUUUCAGCGGUCUCGGCCUACUUCUUCCACCAACCGCCACCAAUGGAGAUGUCCGCUCAUGGGCCGGGCGACAAGCCCGUGCGGGACGAUCCCGCUGCAAAACUUCCGAAAUCGCUCGAAAUCAUGGAAGAGCCGUCGCGAUUAGAUCGAGUGAGGCGAGUUGUCACAAUCGGCGUACACGGGUGGUUCCCCAACCCGCGACUGCGGUCCGUUUUCGGUGAACCGACGGGCACGAGCGUCAAGCUCGCAACGAUGAUGCAUGAUGCGGUCCAUUCGUAUCUGGUCGACCACGAUAUGACCUCAUUUAAUAUCCAAGCGAUAGCUCUGGAAGGGCAGGGUGAGGUUGAGGCUCGAGUUGAGAAGCACCUUCAGCAGAUCAUUGAUCGAGCAGAGUGGGUCGAGGCGCUCAAAAAGGCCGAUGCCGUGUUCCUCGCCACGCAUAGUCAAGGUACGGUCGUUUCUACCCAGCUCUUGGCCAAGUUGCUCGAGCGGAAUAUCAUCGUCGGACACAAGACACACAUGUGAGUGCCGACUUUAGCAAAUCGGUCUUGCAGGGAUCUUCGAGCUGACCUCGACAUGUUCCACCAGGCUCGCGAUGUGUGGCAUUUCGCAGGGACCCUUCGUGUAUCUGUCGCAAAGUUUCGUCUUGACGCCGUACUUCAACUACCUUGAGUCUGCUCCGGCUCGAGAGCUUUUCGAGUUUCAAAGCCCGAAUAGUGCUCAGACAAUCAAGUUCCUCGACAGGUGAGCACUCUUCGCAUUACGCUUCCCCUCACACUCCACUGACUCCGAUCCCCCUUCAUCAGUCUGCGCAUCACGCUCGCUCAUGGCAUCAAGAUCACGGCCACGGGCUCAAUCAACGACCAGGUUGUGCCGCUCUACUCUGCACUCUUCUCCGGCAUUACUCAUCCCGGCAUCCUCCGAGCUGUCUACAUUGACUCUCAGGCGUUCCGGACGUCUGACUUCCUCGCCAACUUGGUCGUCUUCGCGGCUCGGCUUCGCAACGCGGGCUUGCACGACCAUGAUUUGGUCUAUCACGUCUCGGAGGCCUUGGCGGGUGCUUUAAUGGGUGUCGGGCAUUCCAAGAUCUAUGAGGAGGAAGAGGUGUUUGCGUACGUUCUCUCUUCCCUGACUCUGUGCAAGUGGCGGAGCUAAUUUCUUCUCUGUGCCUUUUUCUGUCUCAACGUCCAGUCUGGCGAUUCGCUACCAUUUCGAGACAACGACCCUGCACGAGCCUCCAACGUGCCUCGAACCACCUACGACCCAGCAUCUCGAUUCGAUCGCCCCCUUGAGCAUGUCCUUCAACCCGCGCGAUCGUCGCAACCCUUACCUCCUCACCUGGGCCUUACGAGGCAUCAUCGAGGAUCCCAAAGUGAGGGAUCUGUUCGGGAACGAAUUGCAGGCUUUGAGGGACGCGUUCGAAAGCUGGAGACCGGUUAGUAAGCUGCUCAAGGAGGUGAGGUUGAAGUUGGAACCGAUCAGAAUGUUGCCCAAGGUCAAUACGCAGCAGGGGAAGUUAUAG